AUUUGUUACGCCAGCAAGCGCUUCUUAAUUUUUUUUUGGAUUCUGGCAGGGUCCACAGGCUGUAGACAACCCCAGGAUCCCCGAUAUUGUCAGCGAGGGCUUUGUGACCCGGACCUUGCAUCGCUAGCAACUCUGCAAUAGGCCGUGGACCUUGCCAAACGGCCUACAGGCGAAUGCCACUCCGGAGUUUGCUUGAAGUCCAGGCGCCCGGUGCUCUGCGCUACAUCCUAGGCACGGUUCUCAUGGUUGUGGGAGUGGUCCUGCCUCUUGGAUACGCCCUGUUUAAGCGCAAGAACCCCCUGGCCUCCACCUUCCGGCCGCUGCGCACAUCGGCAUAAAGUGCCUUUGGUAGCAAGACACCAGCUAGCAGCUAGCACAUAAGGCGAGCUCUUCAGUAGUUCCGCAGACGAAACAGCAAGGAGCGUUUAGAGCGUGAGGCGGCAGUCAUGCAGCCUGCUCUGGUGAGUCAUGCCCUGCACGCAGCUGCGAUGAGCGCCAUCGGCGCCCGUGGCCUGCUGCACGCUCUGGCGUCCACAGCAUCCCGCGGCGCGUGCUUCGGCGCAGCCGCUGGGCCUAGCGGUCUCGGCGCAAGCAGCUGCGCCGCCACGGCACCGGUUUCCCGUGCCUGGACGCUCGCCUUCUCCACCUCCACGGCUGCAGCCAGCCUCGGGAACAAGCACGGCGCCAGUGCCGGCGCUGCUGCAUCGCCCGGCGCCGGUGGCGCAGCCGUGCCCGGCACCGGUGCCGCUGCCACGGCCGAGGGCGAGAGCGGGCUGCACGUGAGCGUGGAGCCGCUGUCGGGCGCACACGAGGGCGUGUCCGUCAUCAGCCUCAGCCGGCCGGCCGCGCGCAAUGCCAUCGGGCGGCAGCUGCUGCGCGAGCUGGCGGAGGCGCUGGACACUGUGCGGCAGGAGCGGACCACGCGCUGCGUGCUGGUGCGCAGCGUGGUUUCAGGCGUGUUCUGCGCCGGCGCCGACCUGAAGGAGCGCGCCGGCAUGACGCAGAGCGAGGCCGCGGAGUUCGUGUCGCGCAUCCGCCGCACCUUCUCCGAGUUGCAGGACCUGCCCAUGCCCACGGUGGCUGUGGUGGAGGGCCUGGCCCUGGGCGGCGGCGCGGAGCUGGCGCUGGCGUGUGACAUACGCGUCAUGGGCGCCGGCGCCUCCAUCGCAUUCCCGGAGGCGCAGCUGGGCAUCAUCCCCGGAGCCGGCGGCACGCAGCGGCUGCCGCGCAUUGUGGGCGCCAGCCGUGCCAAGGAGCUCAUCUUCACGGGGCGGCGUGUGGGCGGCGAGGAGGCGCAGAAGCUGAUGCUGGCGGACCACGUCGUGCCAGACGACCAGGUGUACAACCGCGCACUGCAGCUUGCGGAGCAGAUUGUGCGCAGCGCGCCUUUGUCCCUGCGGCAGGCAAAGGCCGCCGUGAACCGCGGUUUGGAGGUUGACCUUCACACGGGCCUGGCGAUGGAGGAGGCGCUGUACGCGCAGCUGUUGCCCACGCGGGACCGGCAGGAGGGACUCAAGGCGUUCGCGGAGAAGCGCAAGCCCGCCUACACCGGGGAGUAGGAGGCAGCUUCGGAGAAAAGCUGGUUGUGGUGGUGUGGGGGGGGCAGGGCCGCUGUCAGGCUUGCGGUUGAGGCCCGGGCGGUGGAGAGCGGAGUUGGGAUGGAUGAGAAGAAGGGCUGUUGAAUGUGGAACGGGUUUGUGGGCAAUUGCGGAGCCGCAGCGCACUGGCAGUGGAAUGUCACCUGUGCAUGAUGCACGGUGUGAUGGGGUGCCCCUGAUGGUGCAGAAGUCUUGGAGCUGAAACUCCUGGAAGUUGGCCUGGGGCAAGGAUGAGGUGGAAACGUGCCGUACCCGCAACCGGACAAUGCUCAACAUGUUAGCUGCUGUUGUAGGUCAGGCAUAACUCGUGCUUUGGUAGCUGUGUGCCUAGAUUUUUGGACAAUGUAGACAUUUAUCCUUGUCCCGGUCGAGUCUCUCUGUGCGUUUAUCCAUGUCGCAGUCGAGUCUCUCCAUGUUACCCCGAAUAAGGUA